ACAUCAAUUCAGAGCACCUCGUCUGUUUUUUAACCUAGCUAACUUUAAAUAAUUCACAAAUCCUUACCCUAAAUCUAUUCUAUUUUCUUAGAUUUAGAAUUCUCCUACCCAAUACAAAAAAAGUAAUGGAAGGAAACAAGUCAUACGGCAAUGGGUCAUCAUGGGCAGACCAAUGGGACUACUCCGAUCGAGCGGCUGCCACUAGUACUGCGAACGAGAAGAAAAGGAGCAGCGGUGGGGCAACCGCCAAGUACAAGCAGAAGGUCGGGGAUGGGCUUGAGAAGACCAAAUCUGUGGCUUCAACUGGGAUGAAGAAGGUCAAACAAGGAACCUCUUCUGGGCUUCAAUGGAUCAAGGACAAGUAUCAUAAAAGUACCCACAAGCAUUAGGAUUAUUAGACUUUGUUUAUAUUCCUUUUAUGCUUUCCUUUAACUGGUUUUAAUUUUAUUCAUUCAUCUACCCAUAAUGAUUUAGUCCUCUGUUUUGAUGUAAAACUGCAAAUUAUAUCAUAAUAAUAGAUCAUAUUGCUUUGUUUUA